CGCCCGCCCGCUCCGCCAUGAGCGCGGCCUGAGCCCGCCGCCAGCCCGCCCCAGGCGCCGCGGGCCGCUCCGCCAAGAUGGCGUGUGUGCUGGAGGCGCCGCUCCGCAUGAGCGUCCUGUCGGAGGUCACAGCCAGCAGCCGCCACUAUGUGGACAGAUUGUUUGACCUCGACCCCCAGAAAGUCCUGCAAGGUGUCAUAGAUAUGAAAAAUGCUGUAAUUGGAAACAACAAACAAAAAGCCAACUUGAUUGUUUUGGGAGCAGUUCCAAGGUUGCUGUACUUACUUCAGCAGGAGAGCUCGAGCACGGAGCUGAGGACGGAGUGCGCCGUGGUCCUGGGCAGCCUUGCCAUGGGCACAGAGAACAAUGUCAAAUCCCUCCUAGACUGCCAUAUUAUCCCAGCCUUACUGCAAGGAUUGCUGUCCCCAGAUUUGAAGUUUAUCGAAGCUUGCCUGCGAUGCCUCCGGACCAUCUUCAUCAGUCCCGUGACUCCAGAGGAUCUGCUGUACACAGAUGCUACAGUGAUCUCCCACCUCAUGGCACUGCUCAGUAGGUCUCGAUACACACAAGAGUACAUAUGUCAGAUCUUCUCACACUGCUGCAAACUCCAACACUGGCAUAGCUGCGGCUUUAAAUCAUUGCCUCAGCCACUUCUGUGUGCCAAUGGUCCAGAUCACCAGACAAUCUUAUUUAACCAUGGAGCUGUUCAGAGUAUUGCACAUCUCUUGGUCUCUGCCUCCUACAAAGUCCGAAUGCAGGCAUUGAAAUGCUUCUCAGUGCUGGCCUUUGAGAACCCCCAGGUCUCCAUGACUCUGGUAAAUGUGUCAGUGGAUGGAGAAUUGUUACCACAGAUUUUUGUGAAGAUGUUACAAAGGGACAAGCCCAUUGAAAUGCAGCUCACGUCAGCCAAAUGCCUUACUUCCAUGUGCAGAGCCGGAGCAAUACGGACAGACGAUCCCUGCAUCGUCCUCAAGACUCUGCCGUGCUUGGUUCGAAUGUGCAGUAAGGAGAGGUUGCUGGAGGAGCGGGUGGAGGGGGCAGAAACCUUGGCCUACCUGAUCGAGACCGACGUGGAGCUGCAGCGCAUCGCCAGCAUCACCGACCACCUCAUCGUCAUGCUGGCCGACUACUUCAAGUACCCCAGCUCCGUCAGCGCCAUCACCGACAUCAAGAGGCUGGACCACGACCUGAAGCACGCCCACGAGCUGCGCCAGGCCGCCUUCAAGCUCUACGCGUCCCUGGGGGCCAACGACGAGGACAUCCGCAAAAAGAUCAUUGAGACUGAGAACAUGAUGGACCGUAUCGUGAACGGCCUGUCCGAGUCGAGCAUCAAGGUGCGCUUGGCUGCAGUCAGAUGUUUGCACAGUUUGUCCCGUUCUGUACAGCAGCUCAGGACAAGUUUUCAGGAUCAUGCUGUAUGGAAGCCUUUAAUGAAGGUUUUACAGAAUGCUCCAAAUGAAAUUCUCGUAGUAGCAUCUUCCACGCUAUGCAAUCUUCUUCUGGAAUUCUCUCCAAGCAAGGAGCCUAUUUUAGAAUCAGGAGCCAUAGAACUUCUAUGUAGUUUAACACAGAGUGAGAAUCUUGCCUUGCGAGUCAACGGCAUUUGGGCUUUAAUGAACAUGGCUUUUCAAGCAGAACAGAAGAUCAAGUCGGACAUCCUGCGAGGGCUGAGCACGGAGCAGCUCUUCCAGCUGCUCUCUGACUCUGACGUCAAUGUGCUGAUGAAGACGCUGGGGCUGCUCAGGAAUCUGCUCUCCACUCGCCCACACAUAGACCAUAUAAUGAGCACUCAUGGGAAGCAAAUCAUGCAAGCAGUGACCCUCAUUCUGGAAGGGGAGCACAAUAUAGAAGUCAAAGAGCAGACAUUAUGUAUCCUUGCCAAUAUAGCAGAUGGCACGACAGCAAAAGAACUGAUUAUGACCAAUGAUGACAUCCUGCAGAAAAUCAAAUACUACAUGAGUCAUUCAAAUGCUAAACUUCAGCUUGCUGCCAUGUUCUGUAUAUCUAAUCUCAUAUGGAAUGAAGAGGAAGGUUCACAGGAACGCCAGGAUAAACUCCGAGACAUGGGAAUAGUGGAUAUUCUACAUAAACUGAGUCAGUCAUCGGAUCCAAAUCUGUGUGACAAGGCGAAGACAGCACUCCAGCAGUACCUUGCAUGAUCAAAGACUAACUGAAUCCAUGGACACCCCUCAUGUCUCCUUAAGGAACAGCAGGAGAUACUCCUGACUCCUUAUAUUUGCACAAGUCACCUUGGGCUGCAUUUUUCUCAGGUGCAGGGAGCUGCUUUGCAGAAACAGUUCAAAUGAUCAGGUCUCCAGUGCACUUGAGAACUUUCUUGAGGUAGUUUCUUUACUCAGAGGACUCUCGGGGGGUUGUUUUGGUUUUUUGGGUUUUUUUCCUGAGCUACCUGGACUUUGGAUAGAACAAUCAGUCAUUGUUUUCCUUUUGGGCCUCCAAUUUUCUGCUUUUGCUGCAGCCUGUGUGUGUGGGUGUGUGCUUGGGUGUGUGUGUGCUUGGGUGAGUGUGGGUGGGUGUGAGGACUCACUUUUGGUUUUCCUUUUUUUGUGUGAAAAUCUUUUUCUACAGGUUUUCAAGGGUUAACCAUUGUUUGCUGUACGAAUACUUCAGUGAAUUAUAUACAGUUUGAAUGAAAUGUUAUUUAAAAAAAAAAAACCAAACUGUUGUAUCCCAUAAAGUUUAUUUUGAAUUUUGAACAGAUGAAUGUUUUUAAGUAAAAUAUAUGCAUUUCUGAACUUCAGCUUAACUUA